ACCAAGCAAUUCAACCACCAAAAAAGAGCUCAGUUUUCCAAAGCUAAAACCCUUUCUUUCUUCGAAAAAUGGUCACUAUCCUUUGUAAAAUCCUGUAGCCUACUUUUUAAUGCCUUAUGGCUAAGCAAGUGAAAUCAAAGUAUGAUAAAUGUUGGAUUAGUGAUUUACCAUAUGUUGUUCUCUGUCGCAUAUUAUCAUUUCUUCCCACUGAAGAAGCAGUUCGAACUUCCAUUUUAUCAACCAGAUGGAGAUAUCUAUUUUCAGAGGAUGACAGGAGGGUUAACAGCUUCAUGAACUUUGUCGAUAGGGUGCUGUUCUUCCAUAAGGUGACAAGAAUUGAAAGAUUUCGACUCAGAUGCAGUCAUGGUGUCGACUCUCUCGUGUAUGGUUGGAUAUCUGCUGCAUUGUGGCACAACUUAGAAGAACUUGAUUUAUGCAUCUCCAGUAAUGACGAGUUCAUUUCGUUGCCUGUCGGUCUUUUUACAUGUAAGAUGCUGGUGGUACUGAAACUGGAUUCAUGUCUUGUUUUGAAUGUUCCUUCUAAUGUUUGUUUUCCAAGUCUGAAGACGAUUCAGUACAAAGGCUCUUCUCAGGCUGUCUUGUGCUUGAAUCUUUGCUUCUACACAGCUGCAAUUGCAGAAAUAUAAGCAAGUUAAGUAUUCUUAAUUAUACUCUCAAAAGAUUGACUAUAACUUGUUUGAGCGGACGGCAUGAACCAAGACAAUCUUUUG